UCAAGCUAAAACCCUAAACCCUGUAAAUCUCUAAACAUUCCCACUUUCUCCAUUUUCUCAGCUUUAGUUCUUCUUCUCCAAUGACGUCAGUAGCUUUCAGAAGCUCAAAUUCAAAGCGUCUGUUUACACUUUCACCUCAAAUCUACUACAAUUCCUGCUGUAGAGGAUCAGCGCCCACUCAGUUUAACGCAAAUGAGAGUCCCGCAUUUUUGAACCACCACUGGUGGAGAUCCAUGGCCACUUUUACUCGAACAAAACCUCAUGUUAAUGUGGGAACUAUCGGCCAUGUUGAUCAUGGAAAGACUACUCUGACUGCCGCAAUUACAAAGGUCCUAGCAGAAGAAGGAAAGGCUAAGGCUGUUGCUUUUGAUGAAAUUGAUAAAGCCCCUGAAGAGAAAAAGAGAGGAAUUACUAUCGCUACGGCCCAUGUGGAGUAUGAGACGGCUAAAAGACAUUAUGCGCAUGUCGAUUGCCCAGGACACGCUGAUUAUGUUAAAAAUAUGAUUACUGGAGCUGCCCAAAUGGAUGGUGGUAUUCUAGUCGUAUCUGCUCCUGAUGGACCCAUGCCACAAACAAAGGAGCAUAUUUUGCUUGCACGCCAGGUAGGUGUACCAUCACUUGUGUGCUUUCUAAACAAGGUUGAUGCUGUUGAUGAUCCGGAACUGCUGGAACUUGUGGAAAUGGAACUCCGAGAGCUUCUUAGUUUCUACAAAUUUCCUGGGGAUGAAAUCCCUAUCAUUCGUGGUUCAGCUCUGUCUGCAUUACAGAGUACCAACGAAGAAAUUGGAAAAAAGGCUAUUCUAAAGUUGAUGGAGGCUGUAGACGAAUAUAUCCCCGAUCCAGUGCGUCAGCUUGAUAAACCAUUCUUAAUGCCAAUAGAAGAUGUAUUUUCAAUUCAGGGACGUGGAACUGUUGCUACUGGCCGUGUUGAACAAGGAACCAUAAAAGUUGGAGAGGAUGUGGAGAUUUUAGGGCUGAUGCAGGGAAAUUUAAAAUCUACAGUUACUGGUGUUGAAAUGUUCAAGAAGAGCUUGGAUUAUGGGCAAGCUGGUGAUAAUGUUGGGCUUCUUCUUCGUGGCUUGAAACGAGACGACAUUAUGCGAGGAAUGGUGAUUGCAAAGCCUGGAAGUGUGAAAACAUACAAGAAAUUUGAGGCAGAGAUAUAUGUACUUACAAAGGAUGAAGGUGGUCGACACACUGCUUUCUUCUCAAAUUAUAUGCCUCAGUUUUACAUGAGGACUGCUGACAUCACCGGCAAAGUGGAGUUGCCUGAAAAUGUCAAGAUGGUUAUGCCUGGGGAUAAUGUUACUGCUACUUUUGAGCUGAUGUCUCCGGUUCCCCUUGAUGCAGGACAAAGAUUUGCUUUGAGGGAGGGUGGCAGAACGGUUGGCGCUGGCGUUGUUUCAAAAGUAAUAAGCUGAGGAUUCAUGUUUUAGUGGGAUUUUAGGUUCACUCUUGUUUAUUCUCUAGACAGGUUGAUGAAAGAAAGAUUGAUUGGUUCAUUGUGGAAAAUACAAGACUUGACAAUUGCUGAUGUAGUUUUCAUUUGAUGCAAAUAUUUUUAUGUCAGUGUCAAAAGAAUCCAAGUCUUGACAUUUGAAUAUACCAGCAAAUGAGUCUACCUCGUUAUAUCUUCGGGGCAUUUGCAUCUA